AACGUCAACAACACUCAAUCGAACGUCGCGCAUACCUACGUCGAAGCCAGAACACGUCCACCUCAACCCUCACGCCACAUCAAACCCGCUUCAACAAUCUACAAGUAGCUUUCACUCCUUGCGCAACCAAACGACACACACCGACACACACCGACACACACCAACACACAACCACCACACACCCGCAACAAUGGGCUGGAACCCCUUCUCCACCUCCCCCACCCGCUCUUCCUACUCCUCCUACUCGCGCGGCCCAUCACGCAACUACGCCCGCAGUUCCGCCGGCUCGUCCUACUCCUCGUCACACCGGGCCUCCACCUCGCGCUACGGCCGGCAACCGCGCGACGGCUACCUACAGUACCUGUACCGCAAGCUGCGCCAACUGUGGCGCGACUUGGUACACUAUGCUAGGAGACACCCGUACAAAGUCUUCUUCGCGGUGAUCAUGCCGCUUGUUAGUGGGGGCGUGUUGCAUAAGCUCGCAAGGCAGUUUGGGGUGAAUCUGCCGGAGAUGGGGGGUGCGGGGACGAGAGGAGGGUUCAGUGGGAGUGGGCAUACGAGCCACGGGGGAGGGGGAGGAUAUUAUGGGAGUGAGGGGUACGGGCCGGGGCCGUCGAGAGGAGGGGCCGGUGGGCAAGGAGGUAUGUUUGGGGGGUUAGACGUGCAGAGCGUGGCAGGUGGCAUUGGGAAUCUGGCGACGAUUGCGCAGAUGGCGAGUAAAUUCAUGUGAGGCGCAACGAAUUGCAGAACGAGGGAGGGCGGACGAUUUGGAAUGUGAUUGGUGCUGGAAGAGGGCGGUUGAACGACUGGGUGGAUGUUUGAUUGGAUCUUCAUUACAUCUCUUUGAGAUACAUUCGCGCACAUUAGAGAUAUCCCUAGGCGUUUUUGGAGUAAAUAGAAAACGAUUUUUAUCUUUGCAACCAAACCAGUACUUUCCAUCUUAGCGUGCGUUAGACAAACCCAAACCCCCCCAGCCCUUCACCAUAGGAUAUCACAUCA